AUGGGCGUCAUUGCACCAGAGUUCCCCGCUGGACCGGACCGGCUGACACCAUCUCAGAGUAGGAAAAACUUCUUCAGUGUCUGGAUCCUCUGGGAAGGACCACCAGAAAAAAAAGUAGUGGUACACCUCAAGAAGUUGGAUACAGCUUAUGAUGACUUUGGCAAUUCCGGCCAUUUCACCAUCAUUUACAAUCAAGGCUUUGAGAUUGUGUUGAAUGACUACAAGUGGUUCGCCUUUUUUAAGUAUAAAGAAGAGGGCGGCAAGGUAACCAGUUACUGCCACGAGACCAUGACUGGCUGGGUCCAUGACGUGCUGGGCCGGAACUGGGCCUGUUUCACCGGAAGGAAGACAGGAAAUAACUCUGAGAACAUGAACAUGAACACAGCACGCCUUGCGGGUCUUGAGGAAACGUAUUCUAAUAGGCUCUACAGAUAUAACCAUGACUUCGUGAAAGCUAUCAACGCCAUUCAAAAGUCUUGGACUGCAGCCCCAUACGUGGAAUAUGAGAGUCUUACCCUCAAAGAGAUGAUCAGGAGAGGUGGUGGCCACAGCCGGAGAAUUCCAAGGCCCAAACCUGCGCCAAUAACUGCUGAAAUACAGGAAAAGAUUUUGCAUUUGCCAAAAUCCUGGGAUUGGAGAAAUGUUCAUGGUAUCAAUUUUGUUACUCCUGUUCGAAACCAAGGGUCUUGUGGAAGCUGCUACUCAUUUGCUUCUAUGGGGAUGAUGGAAGCAAGAAUCCGCAUACUAACCAACAAUACUCAGACCCCAAUCUUGAGUCCUCAGGAGGUUGUGUCUUGCAGUCAGUAUGCUCAAGGCUGUGAAGGCGGCUUCCCGUACCUCAUCGCCGGGAAGUACGCCCAGGACUUCGGGCUGGUGGAAGAGGACUGCUUCCCCUACACGGGCACGGAUUCGCCCUGCAGACCGAAAGACGGCUGCUUCCGCUACUACUCUUCCGAGUACCACUACGUGGGCGGCUUCUACGGGGGCUGCAACGAAGCCCUGAUGAAGCUCGAGCUGGUCCAUCACGGGCCCAUGGCCGUCGCCUUUGAAGUCUACAACGACUUCCUCCACUACCGCCAGGGCGUCUACCAGCACACGGGGCUGCGAGACCCUUUCAACCCCUUCGAGCUGACCAACCACGCCGUGCUGCUCGUGGGCUACGGCACCGACGCGGCCUCUGGGCUGGAUUACUGGACUGUGAAAAACAGCUGGGGCACCAACUGGGGUGAGGACGGUUACUUCCGCAUCCGCCGGGGAACCGAUGAGUGUGCGAUUGAAAGCAUAGCGCUGGCGGCCACCCCGAUUCCGAAACUGUAGGGUGUCCCUCCCAGGGUUUCAUGCUGACCACAGUCAGCCAGGAAGGGAAGAUGCCUUAUUCACAGACUGGAGACGUUUACAGUAUUGCUCCUGCGGUUGCAAAAGAUUAUAGAUACCUUCCUGUGAAGAUGUGUGCCUUUACAAUUAAAAGUGCCCUUGAUUUUAAAUAUACUUUCCCGUUGAACAGCAGUCUGCUUUUUCCUCAGUACUCUGUUCAAUAAGGUUUUUAUGGAGGAUGGUGAAUGAUGAAGUAAUGGAUUUUGCUAAUCAUUUUGUGAUUCAAACACAUGAUGUAUUUUAAAAAAAUCUACGUGAAUUCACAGGCUUAUUUUUAAAUUGUAUAAAUUGUGAGAAAAUACGACAAUGGUUAUUAAAUUUAAAAAAAUUUUAAAAAUAUUCAAGUGAUAUGUAUUAUUGAAUUUAUGUAUGUGCUUAAGAGAAGUUUUACUCUUGACUCCUUCUGUUAUAUUUCUUUGUUUCAUGUAUGUAAAUACUUGAAAACUCAUUUCAGGGCAUUUCAACUAAAAACAACACAAUUAUGAAAUUUACAGUAGGGGGUAUAUGCAAUUAAAAUCUGGUGAACUGUU